AUGGGCAACGAUUUGUCGACCAUGUCGGGUGGGGGCCGCAACCUGGAGGUCUGGAGUGAAGCACGCGCCAGACGCGUCGAGAGCGAGCUGCCGAUCCCGCGCACCGUCCCUCUCGGUCAUGGGGACGAUCUCGUGCCGCCGGCGCUGCUCCUGGACGUCGAGAUGCGCUCGGCCGCAGACGACGCAAGCAGCACCUCCUCGUUUCGGUCUGCCGUCACGGCGUCGACCUACUCCACUCAGCACUCGGCGACUUCAAAGGCAAACCAAAGCCCGGACCGACAGCCCCGGAGGCGUAGCAUGUCGACGAGUGAUAUGGCCACUGCGACAGCCUUGCUGGAAGCCGCGGCGCCGUCACCGCAGCAGCAGCAGCGACAACUGCAGAAGCGCACGCAGUACUCCAUGUACGCUCGGCAGAUGCGGCGACGCGGCCGUGACGGGGGCAGGCACGGGUUGCAGCAUCACAACAGCGGCGUGGACUUCAUGAUCGCCAACGAGUUCUUCAACUGCAGCGACAGCACCCUUGGCAGUGAGGCGGAUCUCGCUCACAGCAGCAGCAGCAGCAGCAGCGGCAGCGAUGAGGAUGAGGAUGACGCAGGAAGGGUGCACCACCGAUGCGGCAUGGCACCAAGGCAGCCCACCUUGCCGUUCGACUCCGGCCGCUGCCCGACCGGCAAUGGGCUCUCCGCCCAUCCCCCACGGCGUGAGCGGAAGGUGUUGGAUGGAGCGCAGGCCCUCAUCUCGACUCCUAUGGCGCCUGCCGCCACCUCUGCCGCGUCGUCACCGCACGCGAGGUCGAGCAGCGCGGGCAGGGCAGAGAUGCCGACAAUGAAAGCCGUCUCCGGCGUGGACGGCAGUACGGAUCCCCUGCCAGCUCUCACCAGCAGCCGCGACAGCAAGUCCUCGGCGGCGAGUGGGACGAAAGGCAGCGCCACGCAGCGGGGCUCGCCUGACUCCGCCGCUGCGGUUCUCAGCUCGCACGAGGAAACAAGCUGCAAGGCGGGCAAGAGACAGACGAGCAAGCGGAGAAGUUACCCCGGGGGGCUGUUGGAGCUGAGGCGUCCGCAUCGCACCCGCAGCUCGGCGGCAGCGCCGCGAGCGCCGUCCGCGACAGCCGGAGCGGCGACCACCGUGAUCGGUGUAGAGGCGCCAGUGUCGGGGAUAAAGCUCUCCACCACGAAGGAGUCGCUGCACGCCGAAGCGAAGCGGUGGCACACCAGUGGCGACCGUAGCGGCAGCGCGACGCCGGUUCUGUCGAAUGUGAAGCGUGGAGGCCAAUGCGACGUUUUCAUGCGCGUGUCGUCUUCACCAACGCAGCAGCAUCAUGCCACCGGCAAGGGUGACAGAGGUAGACCUGGCGCGAACAGCAGUGCCGGCCCGCCUCGCUCGUCGGAGUCCCCGACGCACCAUCACAGCCAUCAAGUGCAUCAUCAUCAUCAUCACUGCGGUGGGGACGAUGGCAGCAAUACCGUUCCAGAAAUGGUGCUGCCCCGCCUUGUAGAUACAAAGUAUCACCAUCGCCAACCCAGGCACGACCGCAGCCUCGGUGGCAAGCUCGACCUGCACGACGAGAGCCCCAACGACUUCUUCGCCUCGACGCAGCGGAGCGGGCAGUACCGCAUGCUUUACGGAAUGGACAGCGCAAGUGAGAGCUCAACCGCCUCCAUGCGCGAGGCGGUGUGCAUGGCCACCGGCGGCGGUGGGGCGGCGGCGCACUCCUUCGGCAGCCUCUUCGCCGGCUCGCAGGCCGCUUCGCUAUACUCGGCGUCGUCGUCGCCCGGGCAAGCGUGGACAGGUGACUACGCUGACGGCGGAGUGAUGGAACUAACCGCCGCGGUGGAUCACCACGCGCUGGACGUGCAGAAACCCUACGACGGUGGCGGCGGCGGUGGCACGCGUGAAGCCAGUCGGCAUCACCCUAGGGCUGGACUGCUCUGCAGCGGAAGCGGCGCGGCCUGCGUGAACAACCCAGGCGCCCUGAACGCGACCUCGCAACCGCAGCAGGCGGAUCUUCAGCGCAACAUGGAGAUGCACUUCCAGCGGAGGACCUACACGUCGAAGUCGCCCAGCCUCGUCACCGGCCACCAAGCCGUCUCUGCGGGGCUGGGGAAGAGCCAAGGUACCCGACACUCGCUGAUAUCUGCGCUGUCGGCCGGUGCGCCGUGCCGCGACGGAGACGGUCACGCCAGCGUGAGCAGUUGUAGCAGCGGGAAUCGCAGUAUCAGCCCCGACGUAAGUGUCAGAGAGCUCGUGCGGUCGUCUCGGGUGAAGCCGCCAGCGAAGGCGGUGUCGCCGCCUCUCCUGCCACAGCCACCCCCGCCACAGACGGCGAUGAAGCGGACUAAGACACAUAGCUUCCGAGGACACGGUGCUGGAGCUGGACACACAAACUUGUCCGCCACCGAAGGCGCGGCGGCGUCCGCGGUGUCACCGAAGAGGUACAGCAGCUGCGCUGGCAGGCGACAUCAUCACGGCAACGGUAGCAGCAACGGUGGCGACGCUCUGCACGCAACGGCGAGUGUCCUCACCUCGGUACAAGGCAGCGGCAGUGCAUUGCGGCCGACGCGAGCAGACAGCAAGGACCUCAUUCUCCGGCCCGACCGCACCGCCUCUGCACGCCGUCACCGCAGCGGUGGUGGCGAUGAAAACGCGCCGGAAGUCAGUGGCCGUCGUCAGCGGCGCCCGCAGAACCGAAAACUCUCCUCCAGGGCACAUUUUGGCUCGUUCAGUUUUAGCAGUGACAGCUUCCUGUACGGCAGGGUGCGUGGGCGUCUGACGAAAGCGGCGGCAGCCGCAGUGGCUGCAAACUCGAAUAGCAUCGAGCGUCGGGGUCACGCGUCGGGAUGUGGAAGCAGCGGCGGCACGCAGGCACACGCGCGUCACCACGUUCACAGUGAAGUCGACUCGGUUGCGCUGGGGGCCUCCCCAUCAGCAUCAUCGCGCAAGGGCGAGGGUGAGGGUCGCCAUCGCAGCAGAAACACGCAAUACCAUCAUAAGCGCGAAGUGCGUUGUCGGCGCUAUCUCAGCAGCGGGUGCGGCAACGAGAGUGAGAUAGGCAGCGUGGUGGCUGACUUGGACGACCUCCUCAGCGCCGAUGACAGGGCCCCCUCUGGCAACCUGACGGCGCUUUACCCGCGCUCCGCCUCAUCAUCGUUGUCGCUAGCGCCAUCGUCCCGAAACAGCAGCACCAACGGCAGCUGCAUCAGCAGCGGCUCCGUUCGCGCGCUGCGCAAGAGGGCCGCGAAAGCGCGGGACCUGUCGAUCAGCUCGUCGGUCGACUCCGAGGCGAGCGGCCGCCUUCAUCCACAGAGGACACGGCCACCGCCACUCCAACAGCAGCAACAGCAGCAGUAUGGGGCAGCUGGUGUGACGGCAACGGCGUCGUCAAUGUACCACCUGCCCCUCGUGAGGACGUCAAACAGCAGCGGUGGAGCUGUGGCCGCUAACGGAAGUGCGAGCAGUGCCGUGACUGGUGGAACGCGCGGCAUGAAGCUGCCAUCCUUUAAGCCGAGCAUGGGCAUGGACAUCCGAAACAGCCCUGACGCGAACAGCGACCGCCCAGCGAGCAUCAACUAUGUUCUUCAGCCGCUGCGAAUCCCGGCGGCGAACGGCUCGGCAACGAUGGCGGCGGCGUCACCAGAGAUCCACGGCGUAGCCAAGAGCCACAACACAUCCUCUGGCAGUGGCGGCGGUGCGCACCCGCCACAAAUGCCGCCAACAAGCUCGCCUCGACUCGCCUGCAGCAAGAGAGACGGUGGCACCGACUCCUUGAUGGUGUCCUUCCUGGACGCCAACGGCCGUGGCGGCGGUUGUAGUGGUGUUGCUGCGUCGUCCUCCGCGGCGUCGCUGUUGGCAGGGCCAUCCCGUGACUCGAGCACGAAGCGACGUCGCCCCACGACUCAGAGCUUCACGCCGUGGUCUGUGGACAUGAGUCGUUUCAAGGCGCUGCAAGAGGCGCAAGAGCCGCCGAGUUAG